AUGGCUGUCUCACUGCGGGACAGGCAAAUAGCCAGCAUCAAGCGCAUCCUGAACCUCAACGCCCCCGUGACCGACGUCGACGCUCAGAGCGACGCCGACGACGCGCCCGACGCCGCCUCGGCCGGCGCAACAUGGAAGGUGUUAGUCUUCGACGAGAUGGGGCGGGACGUCAUCAGCUCCGUCCUGCGUGUGAACGACCUGAGGGCGUCUGGAGUCACCAUUCAUCUGAAUCUCGCAACCACACGGCACAUGAUUCCUGAUGUCCCCGUCAUCUACCUCGUCGAGCCCACGGCCCAGAAUCUGCAGACGGUCACGUCCGACCUGGCGCGCGGCCUCUACAGCCCCGCCUACCUGAACUUCCUCUCCAGCAUCCCGCGGCCCCUCCUCGAGGACUUCGGCGCCCAGGUCGUGCAGACGAACACGGCCGAGCAUCUGGCCCAGGUCUACGACCAAUACCUGAACUUUGUCGUCUCCGAGCCCGACCUGUUCCAUCUGAACAUGAAGGGCGCGUACCACACCCUGAACAGCGGCCAGACCUCCGACCAGGAGCUCGACAACGUCGUCGACCGCAUCGUGUCUGGCCUCUUUUCCGUCGUCGUCACCAUGGGCGUUGUGCCCAUCAUCCGUUGUCCCAAGGGCGGCGCCGCAGAGGACAUCUGCGCCAAGCUUGACCGGAAGCUGCGAGACCACAUCCUCAACUCCAAGACCAACCUGUUCUCCGACAACAAGUCCUCGACUGUAUCGUCUCGGCCGGUCAUGGUCAUUGUCGACCGCAACGUUGAUUUGGUGCCCAUGUUCAGUCACUCGUGGAUUUACCAAAGCUUGGUCUACGAUGUACUAGACUUCCACUUAAACAAGAUCAGCAUUUCGAUUCCCGUCGACAAGGACCAUCCCGAAAAAGGUGUCAAGAAGCAGUCUCAUGACCUCACAGCAUCCGACUUUUUCUGGGCAAGAAAUGCAUCGCUGCCAUUCCCCAACGUAGCCGAGGACGUGACCAACGAAUGGAACAAAUAUCAGCAGGAUGCAGACAACGUCACAAAGAAGACCGGUGCCUCCUCUCUUGACGAUCUGAGCGGAGAAACGAAUCAGUUCGCCGCGCAUUUGAAGGGUGCUAUGGCGCUACUCCCCGAGCUGAGAGACAGGAAGACUACGAUAGAGAUGCAUAUGAACAUCCUCGAAGCGGUCAUGGAGGGCAUCAAGAAUCGAAAGAUGGACUUCUACUUCCAGCUGGAAGAAGAGCUGUCGAAACAAACAAAGGCACAGAUCCUCGACGUCAUUAAAGAUAACGACAAGGGCAACGAGCCACUCGACAAGCUCCGGCUGUUUUUGCAGUGGUAUCUCACUACAGAGACCGAGCUCUCUCGCGGCGACUUUGACUCCUUCACGCAAGCCCUCGAGGCCGCAGGUGCCGAUACCACACCUGUCAAAUACGUCAAGACCGUUCGCCAACUCACUCGCAUGACAAUGAUCACAUCCGCCCCCGCGCAGCCCGCGCAAAGCACGUCCCACCUAUUCGGCGGCUUCUCAUCACUCUCAUCGCGCGUCACAGACAAGUUCAAGGAAGCAGGCCUUGGUGCAAAUUUUGAAGGUGUCUUGAGCGGUAUCAAGAACUUCUUGCCCACCAACACCGACCUUACACUCACCAAGAUCACGGAAUCGCUCAUGGACCCACAGAACGCCUCUUCCUCUGCCAUCAGCAAGACCGAAUCGUACCUCUACUUCGAUCCGCGCUCCGCCAAUGCCCGUGGCACGCUGCCUCCCGCGAGCGCAUCUCGCAACCAGCAGAACACUGUCGGCCGUGGCAUUGAAGCAACGUUUGGGCAGCGCAGGCAGGGAUUUAGCGAGGCAAUCGUAUUCACGGUUGGUGGUGGCAGUAUGGACGAGUACGGGAAUCUGCAGGAGUGGGCCAAGCGGACGAGCGCAAGUACACAGGGGCCGGGCCAGAAGAGGAGGAUCGUGUAUGGCAGCACGGCAUUGUACAGCGCGACAGAAUUCGUGACCAAAGACCUUGCCAAAUUAGGGACGGAAAGCUCGUAG